AUGGCUCAUUCGAAGAAUGUGGCAUUGGUCUUCGGGGCCAGCGGUAUCUCCGGCUGGGCUGUCACCAAAUGCGCUCUCUCAUACCCCACGCCCACCACAUUUGACAGAGUGAUCGGUUUGACGAAUAGGCCAUUGCCUCUGGAGAAAAGUGGUCUACCGCAUGACCCUCGACUCGAGUUGGAUUGUGGAGUGAAUUUGCGGGGGAACCUUGAUGAAGUGCUGUGUCAGUUGCAAGAGAAGGUUCCCAACCUGGAAGAUGUCACCCACGUGUAUUAUCUUGCCUACUCCAAUGCAACUGCAUACUCUAUAGAUGUGAUGGCUAUCCGGGAUAUCAAUGAGAGAAUGACAUACAACGCCGUGCACGCUGUCGACCGCCUAUGCAAGAAUAUGAAGUUCUUCGUUCUUCAAACUGGAACAAACAAUUAUGGAGUCGCUGUGUUUCGCUUCCAAGAACACAUCGAGAUCAAUCCUCCCCUGCGCGAGGAAAAUCCGCGUAUUCCCUCGCCCUGGGGAGACGAGAUAUUCUACUACGCACAGGUCGACGUAAUCAAGGAAGCCAAUAAGGGCAAGUCUUGGAAAUGGUGCGAGGUUCGACCGGAUCAGAUCAUCGGCCACGUCCCCACGCCAACAAGCAUGACAUAUGUCGAGCCUCUCGCGCUCUACUUGACGCUAUACCGCCAUGUAAAUGGCCCCGGUGCCUCCGUUGUCUUUCCAGGAUCCUGCACAAACUAUACCCACACAUUCACGGCAUCCUCGCAGGAUAUCAUCGCCCGUUCAGAGCUCUACCUGUCUGUCGAGAAGCCGGACCGGGCGAAUGGAGAGGCAUUCAACACGGCCGACAAUGCCCUUCCCGCGUCCUGGGCCCUCGCAUGGCCCAAAAUCUGUCAAUAUUUUGGUCUAAGGGGUGAAGGUCCAAGUCCCAAGGAUAAGGGCUUCAAAGAUAUUGACAAGUGGUGGUUCGCACACCAGGACGACUACAAGAAGAUGUGCGAAGAGUACGGUCUGCACCCUCGCGAGAUUCCCGAGGCGACUUGGACUUUCCUUUCAGUGGGCUUCGGCUUUCUGUGUCGCAACCGCGAGCUGAGCUUGGAUAAGAUCCGGAGUGUUGGUUUCACAGAGGAGUACCCGGUUGCAUAUGGGUAUUUCCAGGUGUUUGAGCGCCUGAGUCAGGAGAAGAUUAUUCCCAGCAAGGAGGAAUGGACUGAAUAUAUCGCACAAGAUAGGUUGGAAUGA